UGACCGCGAGUCCAAUGCCUAUCACGGACUUCAAGACCAACAAACCGUUAGCCAUGAAAACCGAGUUGUAUUACGCGUUUCAAAACCAACAGACACUAAAGUACUUGGUUUGGUGCGGCAACUCUGGCACAGUGGCCACCGCACCCGUCAAGACUGACCCCCAGUACUGGCAUGUGUUCGCCAAACUGGCCGCACCCGCCGGUAAUUAUUACCGGUUCACUCACGGCCUCCCGGCGUCCAAUUGCCGUCACGUGUCUAAAAUAGCGGCCGCACCCGUCAAGGGCUACGUUAUGCUAUGGAAUAGGGACUGCGGUGAUGAUAAUAACCCCAAUGUUGACGAUAAUGGGUUUAUCAAUUGCGUGUCUCCAAAUGGUGUGACCGCACCGACCGAUAUAAACAAACCUGUGCCACUGGACCCACAGUGCGGUUGGACCCACAAUGGCGGAAAUGCCUUACCAAGCCUAGCCAAGCCUUACCAAGCCUACACAAUGGUUGCC